AUGAAACGUGAGAAAGGGCUCACCACCUUUGUGCGGGUCAUCGCCUUUCUGGAGAGGGUAGGUAACGCCAUCGGCAACCUGGCGUUCAUCUGGGCCACGGUGGUGGUGCUCGGCGGCUUCUGGGAGCACCUGCGCCACGAUUUUUGGGUCGUCACUGUGAUUGUUUUCAUAGAGGGUUUCAGGGCGUUUAGCCGGCAAAGCAAUUCGGAUGACCAAUUUCUAUUCAAAACUACAGGAGGCAUCAAGCUCAAAAGGGUGGGGCUAGACACUAGAAGCGGAUGUCUGUAUUAUGCGAAUGCAGCUAUAAUGACGGCAUGUGUGUUGAUGGUACCAGCUCUUCAUAUAAUUCACCGUCUCUUAUCAAUUUUAGUGCUCCAGGAUAGUGAUGGCUUUUUACUACUGGUGUUAGUGGUGAUAGUACGCAAGCUGAGGUUUUACAGGCUUAUUGGUUACAUUAGCGCGAAAAAAAGCAACAUAGUGUUGCACUUCAGUCCCGCAACUGCUCUCCUAGUAAUUUGGAUUGCAGGCCACUAUAUAGAAGGAUAUUGCUCGGACGGUUUUUGCGGCUUUGGAUGGAUGAAUUACAAACUGAUUCUUCUAUGGUUCUUCAUCUACAUUUUAGCGAGGUUGAGAUUGCCGGGACAUGGUUUUCCGUAUGACAGAAUAGUUAAAGUAGCAGCGCAACUAAUCCGUCUCGUAUUGCUUUGUUUAGUACUUUUGAGACUGUUGGUAUGGUUUGGGCCUAUGGGCAAGCUGGUGCUGUUAAGCACACUGGUGCGAGGCAACCUACAAAUUCCAAUGGCUCUGGCACGAAUCAUCUUCUCCUAUGUGUGGCUUGUGACGAAGGAUAUUGAAGUUCACGGCACCGAAAACAAAAACGUCAAGCUAGCAGUGCAGAUGUUGUACACAUUGGUGAUGUGCCAAGGGGCACUCUAUAUGUUGGCGUGCAUACUGGAGUCGUCAUCUUUCUUGUAUCGGAGAAAACUGGCUCUUCAUUAUGGACUCACAGAUAAGUUGGGCAUGGAAUCCAUUGACCUCUACUAUGAACAAGCCUUUGACUCUUUCUUGCAAGAAAGUGUGUUCGACACUACCAAGAAGAUGAGCCUUGUCACCUUUGCUGUGGACUCCCUGAACACCAAGGCGUCACGGGAGAAGAAGUGUGCCGCAGUCCGCAUCUUGGCCGCCUUUCUGCAAAAUCAUACGACCUCCAGCUCCAAUGACACAAAGAUUAUCUCCCUGAUCACCACCUCCACCAAGGCAGCGACCACCUUGAUUAGCAUGCUGGGCUGGACAGCCACAGAAGAUGCAGAUAUCCAGCGAUUCGCCACAAAGGUCACCGCUCAUCUUGCUCCAAACCUACGGAUCGUGGGGAUUCCCGGAACUAUGCAGAAGGUAUCUUUACUUCUUGAUGCCCAAGAUCAACCUAUUAUACAGGAAGUUCCAGCCCAGGUUGUGGUCGGUAAUGUAGAUAAUCAGCAAAUCACCAAUGCUUCAAGUUCUCCAAUAGUGGACAAUAACAGAAGGAACAAUGGUAGACAACAAACGAGAAUGCGCACUGCUCUAAGUUUUUUACCGCUGGACAUUGAGGGAGGGAACGCACCAGUAAUGGCAAGUCGAUCUCGUAGUUACCAAUUCUUACUUUUUCUGAUGGAGGGGAUAUGCAGAUUUGGGGAACACAUCGAAAAGCUGAUGUCGAUUCCACACAAGGACUCGGAGCAUAAUGACUCACUCCCUGUAUUGGGCAUGCAGAUACUUGAAGGGCUUGCUCAUGAUCUCCACAACUGCGCUGAAAUCAGCAGAGCAAUGGAGCUUCUCCCAAAGAUCAUAGGGUUCAUAAACUGCAUUACUGGCACAACAGCAGUGCAGCUGGAUGAGAUCACUACUUCAUCAUUGAAAUUAGUUGCCAAGCUUGCAAGCAUCAAUGGGAAAACCGGCAUGACACUGCGGCAAGAGAUUUCUGAGAACCCUUUCCUGUUUGGCAACCUUACCAAGAUCUUGGAGCUGGAGGCCAACCCAAGCUACCUAGAACAAUCGAAGCUGGCUAUGUAUAUCAUUGCCAAGAUCGCCAAGACCUCCAUUGAUAAGAAAACUAGGCACAAGAUUGGGGCAUUCCAGGUUAUCAUCGACAAGCUGGUGAAAGAGUUCCUUGGGGAUGAUGAGAACCCAUUGCGAGCAGAGGCAGGGGAAGCACUCGCAAUGCUAGCAAUGGAUUGCCCUGGCAACUGCUUUGCUAUGUUGGAUGAAACGAGUUACGACCUUAUAGGGGAUCUCGCCAACAAGAUGGAGCAUGGUCAGCACAUAUACUCUGUGGCAAGUCUACUUCAGAGGUUGUGCCAAAACUCCAGGGAAUUAGUGUUGCACCAUCAAGGUCCAAACAAUGCACUGUCCUCUACCCUUACCGUGGUCUUGAGGAGAAUAGUGGAUGCAGAGGGCAAGCUGGUGGAGGCACUGAUCAGCCUGGCUUCACAAAUUUGCAGGGCAGGCAUUAUCCCUCACUCGUCUGCAAAUGAUCAAGCAUUUGUUACGAAACUGGUGGCUGAACUCAACUCCCGCAAGAAACCGAGCCCAGAUGAAUUUCCAGAUAUGAGAAGGAUGCUGGUUGAGCUCACAUUAUCCAUCGUGGCAUCCUGCCCUCGCUACGCACUCAUCUUCAGCCAAAACGGGAUGAUGGAAGCGUUGUCCAAUGUGGAAUGUUACAUGUGGUUGGUGGUUCCAGAGGAGCAGGGAGCUUUGUGUGCUAUGGUAACCAAGGCAAAGGCCCUGAUCGGCGUUGAUACGACGUGA